ACUAUAUAAUAAAUCCGAGAGGAAGAGGAGAGAAUCCGAAGCUGAACCAGACGAAACCUUCGAGAGAGAGAGAGAGAGAGAGGGUGCUGUUCGUCUUCUUCUUCCCGUCUCUCCGGCGGCAGAAAAACUCAAAUCUCAAUCGGAGAAGAUAAGAACAACAAUCGAAUAUACGACAGAGAGAGUAAAAAAAAAGCUUGGGGGUAACGAUGUCGAAGAAGAAAGCAGCAGGUAGCACCAUGACGCUCAAGGACUUCCAUGGCGGCUCCAUACCAUCUGAUCUCCCUCUCCCUUCCGCUCCUGGAGUGGUUCCGAAGACAACUACUACGGAUAGACCUUUCGUUGAUAAUAGAGCGCCUUGGGGAGGAGCUUCUAUGGGCCGACCUGAUCAGAGAACAAGGCCCAACUCGUCUCAUACUAUACGAAACUUUGAUGAUAAAUCACUCUUUCUUCCUCACACUGCCAACAUCGGACGUAACUUCAGCGAGGAUGAGCGGAAGCCUCUGGACGGUCACUCUGCUCCUCGUAGGAUGGUUAGCGACGAUGUUUUCCGCGUCGCUAACAGCCGCUUGGAGGUGAGAGCUGAAUCGGUUUUACCUGGGAGAGGAGCUAGUGGUGGUUGGUCUGCUGAGAGCUCGGGAACUCAGUCUAAUGUUUGGGCUGGGAGGAAGGAGGUACCUGUAGCGGUGGUGGCGGCGGGUAGCAAUGAGGGGGGACAGUCUUCUUGGAACGCGCAGCAGCCGCCUGUUUCUAGUUUGGUUCAUUCGAGUGCGCUUGAGCAAGUGUCUUCAGGGAGGUGGCAGACUAAGCUUCUGGUUCCUUCUCAGAUGGGUUUUGAUGUUGUUAAGCAUUCGGAGAUGGAGGGAAGAGGUUACAAGGGUAAUAAUAGCCAUGUGGCUAAUCAAGGGGAUGGGACACGUGGCCUGGUCGGUGAAGACGGGAUCCAAGGUGGGAGAAGUUUGGCUCGCGAGUACGAGAAACUCCCUGGGGCAACUUAUUUGGACGCUAAGGAAGUGAAAGGUGUACCUCAUACGAAUUAUUCUGACGUUAGGCCUGCUGGUCAUUUUGUGCAACCAACUGCACCUUCUGAAGUUGUGGAACGACCUAAGCUGAACCUGCUACCACGGACAAAACCUAUUGAAAGUGUUGACAAACCUGUGAAUGAUGGAAAACUGGAAAAUGGUGGUGUUUCGAAUCUUGUUCAACGUGAAACUGGUUAUGCGACACAGAAGAAUAUGAACGUUUCAAAACCUGGGUUGUCUGCAGAUGAGAUUCCUAGCAAACCGGUUGAGCGCCCCAAGUUGAAUCUGAAGCCUGUGGCACAGUUGCUUGAGAAGCCAGAAGUUAAGACUGAAAAGGAGAGAAACGCAGUUUUUGGCGGUGCCCGACCACGAGAGCUGGUGUUGAAGGAGCGAGGCAUUGAUGAGACUGAGCAUCAAAAAUUGGAGCAACAGUUAGAAAGGACUGUCCUCAAUCCGAUCGAAAGAGUUCCAGUUCCAGAGCACGCAGUCCAAAGACCAGUGAGUUCUCCUCGUGACCUGAGAACGAGGAAAUUCGACCAAAAGGACGUGAGAAGUGUAAGCGACGUUGCCACCAGAUCCGAAACCCAGAGGCGAAACUGGCGUGAUAAUAAUGAUGUCAAGAGCACAAGACAGCAGCAACCGCAGGCUCAGGAGAAGACGAGGCAUCCAUCACCAGAGACAUGGCGAAAACCAGUUCCACAGAAACCGGAGUCACCAGACGGAACAGGGCACCGUCCCGGGAAAGCAGCAUCUCCUCUUGAGCUAGCUCAAGCCUACUCUGACCCUAAAUCCGGAACAGGAAGCAACAGUUUUAACAUGAGCCGCAACAACCAAACGCAGCAACCAUUCUCUCGGUUGGUAGGAUCGACAACAACGAAACCAAAGCAUAUCAAUGGCUACUGAGAGAUAUUGUUCGUUUGUUCUUUAUUCGGAUUGUUUUUAGUUCCGACUAAUUGGGUCUUUUAAGUUCUCGAGCACGUCUCAUGAUAUACUUCUUUGUGGGAAUGGUAUGGGAGAUUUGAAUGUGAUAUGGUUUCCCUUUAAGAAUGGGGUUGGAUUACAUAACCCAACAUUUGUGUCUUUCUUCUUUGGUUAUACAUUUUUUUUCUAACCA